AUGUCGAGCAAGACAAAAUCACGAUGGGCAGAUGAUGAGGCGGAUGCAGCACUCGAAGCACAGCUGAAGAAGGAGAAGGAGGAAAAGAAACGAUUGAAGGCGGCGAAGGCACGCAAGCUCGAGGCUGAGAAGCAAGCGAGGGAAGCUGCCGCGGCCGCGGCACAACAAGAAGGCGACAGCACCAACGGGCCUCCGGCGAAACGGCGAAGGAUAUCACCAGAGCGCGAAGCAGCGCAAGCCACCGGGCAAUCUAACGAGAGCAACGACGCGCCGAAACUGUUGCGCUUCUAUGGCGGCGCGUUCGGCAGGUCCCGCAGCGUCGAGAACUACAACAAACUUAACGACAUCGAGGAGGGCGCCUACGGCUGGGUGUCGCGGGCUAAGGAGGUCGCGACGGGCAAAGUGGUGGCACUCAAGAGGCUGAAGAUAGACCCCAGAGACCGUGGGGGGCUACCCAUCACGGGGCUGCGCGAGAUCCAGAUUUUAAAAGACUGCGACCACCGGAAUGUGGUCAAGCUGCAGGAGGUGGUCGUAGGGGAUGACACGAGCAAAAUCGAAAACAUCUUCCUCGUCCUCGAAUUCCUCGAACACGAUCUAAAAUCCAUCCUCGAAGACAUGCCCGAGCCGUUCCUCGCAUCCGAAGUCAAAACCCUCCUCCAACAACUCGCCUCGGGCGUAGCCUACCUCCACGACAACUGGAUCCUGCACCGCGACCUCAAAACCUCCAACCUCCUCCUCAACAACCGCGGGCAGCUCAAGAUCGCCGACUUCGGCAUGGCGCGAUACGUGGGCGACCCGGCGCCCAAACUGACCCAGCUCGUCGUCACGCUGUGGUACCGGGCGCCCGAGCUCCUCCUCGGCGCGGCGCGGUACGGCGGCGCCGUGGACAUGUGGAGCGUGGGGUGCAUCUUCGGGGAGCUGCUGACGCGCGAGCCGCUGCUGCAGGGGCGCAACGAGGUGGACGAGCUGGCCAAGAUCUUCGAGCUGUGCGGGACGCCGACCGACGACACCUGGCCGGGCUUCCGGCGGCUGCCCAACGCGCGCGCGCUGCGGCUGCCGUCGGCGACGACGAUGACGAACGGGAGGGCGGUUGGGUCGGCCAUACGCGCCAAGUUCCCGCUGCUUACGGCCGCGGGCGUGGGGUUGUUGAAUGGCCUGUUGGCGCUGGACCCGGACAGGCGGCCGACGGCGAAGGAGAUGUUGGCGCAUGAGUACUUUGGGCAGGACCCGAAGCCGAAGCAGGAGGCCAUGUUUCCGACUUUUCCGAGCAAGGCUGGACAGGAGAGGAGGCGGAGGCGAGAGACGCCGAAUGCGCCCAUACGGGGCCAGCAGGCGGCGGAUUUUGGGGCGGUGGAUUUCAGUGGGAUUUUCUCGGGGAGGGAGAGGGAGGAGAGGGGAGGGGGGUUCUCACUGCGGAUGGUGUAG